UUGCCUCACACUUGGGCAUUUUCUUUCCCAGCAGAGCAACCUGCCCAGCUCUGCCCAGUGGAGGGGGUGAUGAGGUCCCUGCUGCUGCUGCUGGCUCUGCUGUGGAGGGAUGAGUGGGUGCAGGGACAAAUCAUGUAUGGGACAAAGAGAAGGUUUCUGAGACCCCCUGCUCCUCCAGUGCCCAAGAUUCUGAAUCCAAGAAUAAACAUCCAAGUGCCGGAGUCAGUAGUGGUGCAGGAGGGGCUGUGUGUCCUUGCGCCCUGCUCCUUCUCCUACCCUGGGAUAUUUCUGGACCUCAACAGAAUCUUCACUUACUGGUUCCGGGAUGGGGACGAUGAGCACAAGGAUUCUCCAGUGGCCAUGAACAACCAAAAUAGACCCAUGAAGCCAGAGACCGAGCACAGGUACAAACUUCUCAGAGACCCUACAAACAGCUGUUCCCUGAGCAUCACAGGUGCCAGGAAGGAAGACGAGGGAGCCUACUUCUUCAGAGUGGAGAGUGGAGAUGAAAAGUAUAGCUACAAAGAGAAGAAGCUGACCUUGCAGGUGACAGCCCUGACAGCACAGCCUGACAUCCACUUUGAGGAGCCCCUGGUUUCUGGUCAGCCUGCAAGGCUGAGCUGCAUCCUGGAGGGGUCCUGUGAGGGGAUAGCCCCCCAGUUCUCCUGGCUGGGGGAUGCUCUUGACUCUCUGGACCCCUGGAGCCUGAGGUCCCCAGUGAUCAGCUUCACUCCGAGACCCCAAGAUCAUGGCAACAACCUCACCUGUCAGGUGAAAGUCUCUCAGGCUCUAGUGAGCACAGAGAGAACCAUCAGACUCGAUGUGUCCUAUGCUCCACGCUUUCUCACCACCACACUUUCCCAGGGAAACCACACAGCCUUAUGGAUCCUGAGAAACCACAGCUCUGUGGUCAUCCAGGAGGGCCAGUUCCUGCAUCUGGUGUGUGCGGCUGACAGCAACCCCCCCACCAGACUGAGCUGGAGCCUGGAUGGCAGAGCCCUGAGCCCCUCUGAGCCCUCGGAGCCCGGGGUCCUGGAGCUGCCCCACGCUGGGCCUGGGGAGCAGGGCCAGUUCACCUGCCAGGCCCACAACCAGCUGGGUGCCCAGCACCUGUCAUUCAGUCUGUCCCUGCAGGGAAGCCAACUUCCCUGCACUUGUGCAGAACAGGAGCAGGGGCAGCAGCAGGGGGAAGGUUCCUGGCCCCUGGUCCUCACCCUCAUCAGGGGAGGCCUCAUGGGGGCUGGCUUCCUGCUCACCUAUGGCCUCACCUGGAUCUACUACACCAAGUGCCCAGGCUCCUCCAGCAGACAGAACUGAGGAGAGACUCAGACACUGAGCACCCGGGGGGGGGGCACCUCUCAGCCCCCGGGACCCUCCCCAGCUGACCUGCACAUCUGGAUGAGGGCUGGUCCCUGCACGGGAUGCUGAGUGGCCGUCCCAGUGGGAGAGACCAGCCCCAUUGAGGCAGGAUGGGACCCUCCUGCUCCCGGUGGUAGGGGGCAGGUCUGCCUCAAGGGGCCACGGCACUGGCACCAGGCCUGAGCAGAGGGCUGGGUGCUCACAGCCCCUCUGGUGAGGGUGGGUGUGGGCAGCUUCCUCCCUCUGACCCUCUUCCCAGUCUGGACAGAGGACUGGACUGGCAUCAGGCUCAUAGUGAGAGAAAGAAAGAAAGAAUCUUCUGUGAACAUAGGACAGGCUGGGGAGUCUCAGCAACCUCCCAGAUGGUGCUGGCUCUGCUCCCCCAUAGCUGUGUCAGGGGCUGGGGUGGAGCACAGGAGGUAGAGAGCAGUCCUUACCUGCCAACUUGAGGACCUGGGUUCAAUUCCCAGCACCUCUAUAUGCCAUAGCUGAGCAGUGCCCUGGUAUCUGUCCCUGUUUCUCAGAAAUGAACACAUUAGUAGAACAAUCAAUCAAUAAAUCUCUUAAAAAUG